AUGUCUUUGACUAGGCGCUUAGUGCGGUGCAUCUCUGCUUUGCUGAGUCAUUAUAUUGAUGACUCAGCUAAUACCGCAAACUGGACGUUCGUAUUGUUCAUAGAUAGAGUUGAGACAUAA